AUGUGCCGCCUCGGAACCGGAGACUUGCGUCGGAUUUUCGAGAACCUCGACAGGAACGGCGAUGGCCAGGUGAGCCUCGAGGAGCUCAAUUGGCUGCUCGAGAAGAUCUGUGUCCAUCACAGCGUGGACGAGCUCGAAUCAUCUAUAGGGAAACCGAGCCUCAACUUUGACGAGUUCUUACACUUUUACGACUCUCUAUCGUUGGGAGGAACCACGAGGAGUGGCGGAUUAGAAUCGCCGGAGGGCAAUGAAGGAGACGGCGAUCAAGAGACCUACCUUGCUGAGGCAUUUAAAGUGUUCGAUUUGAAUGACGACGGCUUCAUUUCUUGCGAGGAGCUCCAGAGCGUCCUCUCGAGACUAGGGUUAUGGGACGAGAGAAGUGGGAGAGAUUGCAACAACAUGAUUCGCGCGUAUGAUACUAACAGCGAUGGGAGGCUCGAUUUUGAGGAAUUCAAGAGCAUGAUGUUGAUUACAAUCUCUUGAUGAUAUCUUCAAGAACGCGAUGCGUCUUGAGUCGGAUUUGCUUUCUCAUACAUCUUGCUGGUUCGAUAAACAUUUAUAGCUCCAUUCUUUUAUGUAGCUUCUACCA